GCUCAGUGGACAAUCCAGGAAGAGGAGACAGCAGUGUUACUAUUGUAGCAGAGCUCAGUGAUCUGCAAACUAAAGCUGCAGGUAAACAGAAAUGGGGCCCUUACCAGUAAGUCAGCUCCUGCUGGCCCUGAUCUCACUGACUGUGGCACUGGAUAACGGUUUGGUGAAGACUCCACCCAUGGGGUGGAUGGCCUGGGAACGCUUCCGCUGUGAUAUUAACUGUAUAGAUGAUCCAAAGAACUGCAUCAGUGAGAGUCUGUUCAGAGACAUGGCAGACCGGCUGGUUGAGGACGGCUGGAAGGAGCUGGGCUAUGAAUAUGUUAUCAUAGAUGACUGCUGGAUGUCCAGACUGAGAGAUAAGCAUGGGAGGCUUCAGCCUGAAUCUUCCAGGUUUCCAGGAGGUAUUCCAAAACUUGCAAGGUAUAUCCAUGACCGAGGACUGAAGCUGGGCAUCUAUGCAGACAUGGGCAAUUACACAUGUAUGGGCUAUCCUGGCACCACACUGGAUAAAAUUGAGAUUGAUGCUCAGACCUUUGCUAGCUGGGGGGUAGACUAUCUGAAGUUUGAUGGGUGUAACUCAAAUCCUGUCGAACAAAUGCUGGGUUACCCUUUAAUGUCCAAGGCUUUGAAUGCUACAGGCAGGCCUAUGGUCUACUCCUGUAGUUGGCCUGUCUAUCAGGGAGGACUUCCACCUAAUGUGAACUACUCUCUGCUGGCAGAUAUUUGUCACCUGUGGAGGAAUUACUAUGAUAUCCAGGACUCAUGGGAUAGUCUGCAAGGCAUCAUUGAUUGGUACUCUAACAACCAGGAUGAUCUGCAGCCAAUCGCAGGACCUGGACGAUGGAAUGACCCUGAUAUGCUCAUCAUUGGAAAUUUUGGUCUCAGCCUGGACCAGGCUCGCUCUCAGAUGGCUUUAUGGGCUAUAAUGGCUUCACCUCUCAUCAUGUCUAAUGACCUACGAAACCUGGACAACAGCGCACGGGCCAUCCUGCAAAACAAAGUGGUCAUCGGCAUAAAUCAGGACCCCUUGGGUAUCCAGGGUAGACGCCUGCUGAAGGAGAAGAGUCAGAUUGAAGUGUACUGGAGGCCUCUGGUUGGGUCAACCAGUGCUCUUGUCUUCCUGAGUCGACGGACAGACAUGCCCUACCGCUACCACACCUCACUGGCUAAACUCAACUAUGAUGCUGGCAACUAUAGGGCCUAUGAUGUAUUUGGUGGCUCCUUGGUGAAGGGGUUGAAUGCCACAACAGAGCUGACACUGUCCAUCAAUCCAUCAGGUGUUGUCAUGUGGUACAUCUAUCAAGAAAAAGAGACUGAGACACUCCACCAGCAGCACAUAAAACCCUCAUUUACACUCCACCAAGCUAAACAUGGUCCCCAUCAUUUCUAAUGAAGAGAGUUUAUAGAAUAUUUGAACAAGCAAAUGUAUGU